UUUUUUUAAAGUUAUCCGUAUUCGUGGAAUGUGCGUUAUUUUAAAUAACCAGACUGAAUAUAAAUGGCGAACAGGAUCUAUAUCAGUUCAAUAACGUGAGUUGUGUAAAAGCAACCUGUGUUUUGAGAGUGUUACGUUUCUAUCGAAAUUUCAGUGAGAAAUGCAAAAUAUCUGCGCCGUCUGGUUGUCACGAAUGGGGUCGCGGCACUUGAACGUCAUCGAUGAUAAUCGAGUCACAUGACUUUGCUUUUGGCGAAAAUGACACCUGGAGUUACAGCAUCUACGGUGUAUUUGUGUACUGUUUUUAUUGUUUUAUUCAAUGUAUAUGUCGAUAGCCAGGAUACUGAUGCACAGUUAUGUAAAAUGUGUGAAGGAACUGUACGACAAGAUAGUCCUGUCUGGGAUUUCUGCCUAACAAAAGGCCAUAUAAGAGGACGCUGCUGUUUUGGAAAUGAAACCAGCAAUGUAGAUGCCAUUAUAGGGUUGGAUUUGGCAAACUGCUCUAUCAGUCACGUAGAGCACCUGUACAAUUCAUCCACAGCAUUCAUCAUAGAUCUCUCCAACAACCCGAUCUCCAAUCUGAGCGGUUUCAUAUUUCAGGGUUUCAGCCAUCUUACCCAUCUUUUACUACCCUCAAAACUGGAGUGUCCAGGGGGAAAUGCAUCAUGGGAGAAGGUUGAAGUGAAAAACAAUGCCAGAAUCUGCAAAGGACAGAAAAAUAUUUGCAAUCAGACGGCGCAGAUGUCCUGGGAUUGCCCUGAAAACUCAUUCUGCAGCCCAUACGGACCAGGGUUCUUUGAGUGUAGUUGUCUGCAUAAUUUCUAUGGAUACAAGUGCAUGAGACAGGGGGAGUUUCCUAUAGUUAAGGUGCUUUGGAUACUAACCGGAUCAACAGUUGUGGUUUCAUCUUUACUCUGGUUCACACAAAGACGAAAGGCCAAGAACAUUUGAGUUUUAAAGAGAGCUGACUGUUGGGCUGACAGUGGAGCCACAAAAUGCAUCAAGCUUAUUGAAAAUGGUGCAGCGGACCAACCAGUUUCAUACACAGGACGGUUAACCAUCUGCUGAAAAUUGCAGUUUCUUGUUUUUUAAACUUGCCAAAAGCAGGUUUGCAUGACAUUUUUUUUAAUGAAUAAUUUUGUACAGUUUGUUUUAUUUCACUUUCUUUUGACCCUCAAUGUCCUUAAAUGUUUUUAUUUAUACAUUUUACGAAAGCUUUCAUGAAUACUGACAUUUUCACAGCCUUGACAAGGCUGGUUUGUAAAGGGAAAACUGACCAUAGACUGACCUCGCCGAUUGUGUUUGGAGGACAGCCACAUUUCUGACAAUGUUUUGACUCUGAACAUGUCAAAGUGAAGCACUGAGAUAUUUUAGCAAUGAUUUAUUAAGGACAAAUAUUUUGUGUUGUUUAAAGACAAAAAGUAAUUGUAUUUUAAAGAUGAAUUAUAUAAGAAUUAUAGGUUUUCUGACAUGUAAAAAAAGAAUAUUCAUUUUACAGUGAAGGGGAAAUGGAUGUCAUAGGACAUAUUUGUGAAAAAUGUAGAUUGUUACGGUCACCUGUUUACAGAUGUCACAUUUCAUAUUUCAUAACUGACAACUCUUCGACCUCUGAAACUGCAUGCUUUUCUUUUAGGCAGUGUAAGUGUAAAAGAGAAUCUGUUUGAUCUGCUAAUAUGAGAUAUAUAGACAGACACUAUUAGUAGAAUACUGACAUAAAUUUCAUUGUGAGUUUCUGCCAAGAAUGUAGUAUUGUGGUAUAGAAUUCAGCGUGUACCUUG